UUAGAAUCUCCAUACACGGUUGGACCGGCAGGAGCACCUCCUGUUCGAAUGCAGCCAUCAAGGAUGCCUACUUAGCGGCGGGCAAUUUCAAUGUAAUAAUGCUUGAUUGGAGUGCCAUAUCGAUGGACAUUAGCUAUGGACGCAUUAGCCGUCAAUUGUCAGAGAUCGCAAAAAAUUUGCUAGAAUUCACACAUUUCUUGCAUCGAGUAAGUGGUAUCCCCUACGAAACCAUUUAUUUGGUGGGUCAUAGCGCCGGCGCGCAUAUAGCUGGCCUAGCGGGCAAACAAUUGCGACCGCAACGUUACGGUGUCAUCUAUGCGCUCGACCCGGCCGGUCUCGUGCAGUUGCCGCUCGGCGAAGACAAACGUUUGGCACCGAACGAUGCCAUCUACACCGAAUCCAUACACACGGACAUCACGCUGCUGGGCAAUCCGAGCACGAAACUUACACAAGCAGCAUUCUUUGUCAAUUGGGGUCUAGGCCAGCCACACUGUCCGAAUGCGACGGCAGCUGAAUUUGAUUUCGCAUGCGAUCAUUUUGCGGCCUUGUAUUACUUUGCGGAAUCGUUGCGACAGCCACGCGCCUUUGGUGCCACACGGUGCAGACGAUGUUGCAGUGGUAGUAGCAGUCGUUUCAGCCAUAGUCGUAUUCUGCUGGACGAAUGGGAUUGUGGCUGCACAAAUGUUGCCAUGACAGGUGAAUGCCCGAUGACUGCGUUUAUGGGAGGUGAACCGGCUGUGCCAAAAAACGGCACCUUCUAUCUAAGCACACGUUCUAAGCCGCAGCCAUUUGGUUACGGCGAAACGGUGCGCAUUAAACGCGCUGGGCCGGCCAAAUUCUUGCACAGCAGCUUUUUGAGUAAUAAAAUCAUCGACAAUAUGUUGUCCAAAUGGCAACACACACUAACGGCGUACAAUUAAUGAGCAAAGUCAGUGGCAUGCAAUAGAUUGAUAGUGAUAUAUAUGCAACGUGAGUUUGUGUGGUAGCGUGAAGUUGUCAGUUAGUCGAGUUAACGCGCCACAGCCAGAAAUAUGAGUGGUUUGGUGGCAAAGAAAUCAUAUGUACAUAUACAUGUAUUAGGUUAUUUACAAGAAGAAAUACAAUUAACGGUGAAAAAAAUUACUAUUGAGAAUGGCACUUAAUAUGCCGAAUUAAAUUGUUUGUUUAUAAAUGAUAACAGAUUUUAAUUGCUACCACUUAAAAUGGUAUAAUUAUGUAAGUUGCAAUUCCACAUAAUUGAGGUUAUGCACGAG